AUGAAAAAAUCAUCAAAAAAUCUGAAUUAUCGGAUUGGUGAUUCAGUUGAGGUUCAUAGCAAUGAAGAAGGCUACGUUGGUUCAUUCUACGAAGCAAAAGUGCUUGAUGUCUCAAAAAAUCAUGUAUUAAUGGUAGAAUACAAAACACUUGUAACUCCUGAUGAAUCAAAAUGGCUUAGAGAAAGAGUUCAUGUGAGUCAAGGACGGCCUCGUCCUCCUCAACUUCAAGUUUCUAAUUUCAAUCUCUCCGACGAAGUAGAUGCUUAUGAUAAUGAAGGUUGGUGGGUUGGAAGAAUCACUAGGAUUUGUGAAUCAAAGUAUUACGCAUGCUUCGAUGGAAAUAGUAGCAGCUGCAAAGGAUCAUCAUCAUCAUCAGAUGAUGAUGAUGAUGAUGAGAUUAAUAAUAAUCCUCAGAAAAGAAGAUUGAUAGAUGAAUCUAAAUACUAUGUUUAUUUCUCAACUACUCAAGAUUUGAUUGCUUACCCUCUCUCUCGUCUCAGACUUCAUCAGGAAUGGAAGAAUGGCAAAUGGUUUCCUUACAGUUCCGGCCUUUGA